CCAAUCAUGUGCUCAUCACAUGACAGAAAAUCAUUCAAUUUUUGAUAAAUGAAACUUUUAAAUAAAGAAAACAAUAACUCGGAAGAAAUUAAGAAAUCAACCCUCCUUCUAGACCGAAUUCAUCUCCUAACCCUAACCCUAACCCUAAAAUCCUACUACUUCUACUCCGAUUUCCUGAAAUUUCUAACAUCUCCGAUCAAAUAGAAGAGUGAGCUAAACAGUGUAUCAUUUAUAGCUAGUACUGUUUGCUGAAGAGUGAGCAAAGCAGCAGGGACGACCUCAGAGUUGACAAACAGGUCAAUAAUAUUUGGUCGUGAUUCUUCCUCAUCGGUGCUGGCCGAUAGAUCCGGUCAACUGGAUUUGUAUUUGCAAUUGCAGUAACUUGGUUAAAAUUCAUCCGGUGGAGUUUACUGAUCAUAUAAGACAAGGAGGAGAUCUGAGGGAAAGGGUGGUUUUAUUUUAUCAUGAGAUGGAACAUGGUCUUUUGUUAAAAAAUUGUGCAGAUGAUUGUCUUAUUGUAAAGCACAGCUGCUUCGAGUGAUUCCAUUAAGGAUUUGGAGGCGUAUCAUCCUUUAUUGUCGUUUGAACUCCAAUUUGCCUCUAUGUGCUACAAUACUACUACUUUUUCAUGCAUUAUUGUAUCUAUUGGGUUUAUAACACAGAGUUUGCUAGGAAUCUGAUGCAAUGGCAACGUCUAGUAAGUUUGAUAUGUCUUCUGAUAGCCCGGAUAGGCCAAUAUACUCUAGUGGCCAUCGUGGAUCCCACUUAGCUGCUCAGAUGGACAGAUCGAGUAGCUUUCGUGAGAGUGUGGAGAAUCCAAUCCUAUCUUCUGUCCCGAACAUGGCUCGAAGUAGUGCCGUGGUAGCACAGGGAGACGUGGUGAACUUCUUCCAAUGCAUGCGUUUUGAUCUAAAGGUGGUGGCUGCAGACCAUAAAUCUAGUCGUCAAGGGGACUUUAAGCGACACAUGAAUGCUGCUCUUGGAAUUUCAGCAGAUGACUCUUCUGGUUCUUCGAAAGGCAAGGUGGUAUUGUCUCCAUCACCUGAAGAAAUCAAGCGAGUAAGAGAUGUUCUGCGUGGAAGCUCUAUCAAGGGCAGGGAACGUGUGAAGAUUUUCACUGAAGCCUUGUCUGCAUUCAACAAGCUCUUCCCAACCAUACCGUCAAAGAAGAGGUCUAGAUUAGAAGGUUAUUCUAAUGAUAGGCCUAAUGCUUCAGUAUCAAGUGAUCGGUCGGUCCUUGUUCCAAGCCUGGGUAAAAUGGGAAUGCAAAAUCAUUCUGCCACCAGUGGUUUUGAACCUGAACAGCAAAAGUCAGAAGAACGGACCAAAAAUAUUGUUCCAAACAAGCGCACACGAACUUCUUUGGUGGAUGUGCGGGGAAAUGCUCUGGUCAGGCCAUCUGGUACUGUUGACAGAGACAGGGAAAUGCUAAGGCUUGCAAAUAGUGGUGCUGUUCAAGGUGAGGAUCGAAGUUUAUCAAUUGGUGUUGAUGGUUGGGAAAAGACAAAAAUGAAGAAGAAGCGUUCUGGGAUAAAGCCAGAUGUUGCUUCAAACAUGGUGUCAGCUAAACCCUCAGAUGGUUAUCGGGAAUCAAAACAGGGAGCGCUGCAAAGACCUGUUACUGAUGCUCGUUCAAGGUUGAAUAUCGACUCCCAUGGGUUCAGGCCUGGAGUUUCUAAUGGUGCUGUUGGAAUUGGAAAAAUAGAUGGUAUCUCACAACCAACAGGCUUGAGCGUGCGAUCGAUGACCCCUAGGACUGACCUGGAGAACAGUUCUCUUCUAAACGAUAGGAGAGAACGCCCUCUUGGUUCAGAUAAGGAAAGGGUGAAUAUCAGAGCUGGUACUAAGGCAAGUGUUCGGGAUGAUUUUAAUUCUGCUAGUCCCACUUCCAGUGCAAAAAUGAAUCCGUCCAUUCGGGCUCCCCGAUCAGGUUCAGGCAUUUUGCCCAAGUUGUCCCCAGUUGUCCAUAGAGCAACUGCUCCCAAUGAUUGGGAGAUCUCUCAUUGUACGAACAAGCCACCUGCUGUUGGAGCUAACAACCGCAAGCGCACAGCAUCUGCUCGGUCUUCGUCUCCACCUGUUGCUCACUGGGCUGGUCAGAGGCCACAGAAGAUCUCUCGAAGAAGAACAAAUUUGGUUCCCAUUGUUAACAAUGAUGAAAGUCCCACUUUGGAUAGUGUAUCUGAUGUUUCAGGUAAUGAAAUUGGGGUGGGAUUUGCCAGGCGCUUGAGUGGCAAUUCUCCUCAGCAAGUUAAAUUAAAAGGUGACACUUUAUCGUCAGCUGUUUUAUCAGAAAGUGAAGAAUCAGGGGCUACAGAGGUUAAAUCUAAAGAUAAGAGCAGAAAGUGUGAUGAGAUAGAUGAGAGAGCUGGGCAUAAUGUUCAAAAGAUAUCACCUUUGGGCCUUCCAUCAAGAAAGAACAAGCUGGUUUCAGGUGAAGAUAUUGGAGAUGGUGUUCGCAGGCAAGGGAGGACUGGGAGGGGUUUUACUUCAACAAGGUCUCUUGUGCCAACAGCAGUUGAGAAACUGGGCAAUGUUGGAACAGCGAAACAGCCUAGAAGUGCCAGACUUGGUUUUGAUAAAAAUGAAAGCAAGACAGGCCGUCCUCCAACCAGAAAACUCUCCGAUCGUAAGGCUUACACACGCCAAAAGAAUACAACAGUCAAUGCAACAGCAGAUUUUCUCGUUGGUUCAGAUGAUGGGCAUGAAGAGCUAUUGGCUGCUGCAAGUGCUGUUAUUAAUCCUGACCUAGCGCAUUUGAGCUCAUUUUGGAGGCAAAUGGAGCCAUUCUUUGGUUUUAUAUCUGAUGUAGACAUUGCUCACUUGAAACAACAGGGAAGUAUUGUGUUUACUGCACCGUCAGCAACACCAGUCCAUUCUGAUGCAAACAACUACAGUACUGUCCCUAAUGGGUAUGGGUUAUUUGAACAUGAUAGGGAGGUUGAGCUUGAGCUUGCUGCUGAAACUAGGACUUCAGAACUUCUUCCAGAUCAGUUAAUGCCUGUAGAUAGAGAAAUUCCCCUUUCUCAGCUACUCUUGGCAGCCUUGACCUCAGAGGAAGAUUGUACCCUUGGAAAUGCAGACCUGGAAUUUGAUGCAUAUGGAACUGAUUUCGAGCUACAUGAGGAGUUGGAAUCAAAUUGUGUGAAUCACCUAGAUAAUUUUCAGUUUUCUGGACAUGAUGCAUUAAGUGGUUGCAAGAUGAGUGGGAAGCCAGACCACUAUGAGACAGAUAAUGAUAUUUCAGGCAUCCCAAACAUGGGUAUUGACUCAAACUUCAGAAAUACCAUAAAUGGUGCCCUUUCAGACCAUGCAUUGGUACCAGGGAUGGCCUGUUCCAAAUUUCAAUAUGAUAAUACGAAGAUAGAAGAAAAACUUCGUUUGGAGGUUCUUAGUCUGGGAAUUUUUCCUGAAUCAAUGCCUGACAUGCCGAGUGAUGAUGAAGGAAUCUGUGGGCACAUUAGCAAAUUAGAGGAGAAUCAACAUGGGCAGGUUUCAAGGAAGAAAGGUUUAUUAGACAAGCUGUUAAAACAUGCCACAGAAAUGAAAGAACUCCAACAAAAGGAAUUUGAACAACGUGCUUAUGACAAACUCAUCACAAUGGCUUAUGAAAAGUACAUGACUUGUUGGGGUCCUAAUCCCACUGGUGGGAAGAGUUCCAGUAGCAAAAUGGCCAAGCAAGCUGCUUUAGCAUUUGUUAAACGAACUUUAGAGCGAUGUCAUAAAUUUGAAGUUACAGGAAACAGCUGCUUCAGUGAGCCCUCAUUUAGGGACAUGUUCCUUUCUGGGACUGCCCUCCUACAUGGUGGACAAUCAGUGGAUACUCCUACUGAUGGUGAAUCUGCAAAGUUGUAUGGCAAUACCUCAUCCCGCUCUUUGGAAGCCAGAGUUUCAGGUAUUUUUUCUGAUGUCUCAGAAUUUGCUUCUGGAAUUCAUUCAUGUGUGGAUGUUCAUAUGGAACAAUUUUGGACUGUUAUUUUUGUUUUGUGCAGUUUCCAUGGGUUCACAGCCAAGCCCUCGAACUUUACAUUGGGUCAGAAUGGGGAUAGCCACAUCUCAAAUCCUUCUGAUCUGCUUCCUCCUGUUAAUCGCUUAUCAGAACAAAUUACUGUUAAGGAAGAUACCUGGUCAAACAGGGUGAAGAAGAGGGAGUUGUUGCAUGAUGAUGUUGUUGUUGGUGCUGUUGGUAGCCCAUCGAGUGCUCCAUCAGGAAUAGGAGGUUCUCUAUCGAGCAGUACAAAAGGGAAGAGGAGCGAGAGAGACAGGGAAGGAAAGGGGCACAAUAGAGAGGUUUUAUCUAGAAACGGAACUAAUAAAAUCGGUCGACCAACAUUAUCUAAUCAAAAGGGGGAGCGGAAAACUAAAACGAAGCCCAAGCAAAAAACAACUCAACUGUCUGUUUCUGUGAAUGGCCUUGUUGGCAAGAUAUCGGAGCAACCUAAAACAACUUUGCCUUCUGAGGCAAAGUCAAGUGAAAACAACAGUAAUAGGAAAGCAAAGGAAAAGGAUAGGUUUGGCUUGGAUGUGUUGGAUGAUGCUAUUGAUUUGUCCAACCUACAGCUGCCAGGAAUAGAUGUAUUAGAUGACAGCCAAGGGCAGGAUCUGGGUUCAUGGCUGAACAUUGAUGAUGAUGGAUUACAAGAGCAUGGCGACAUUGAUUUCAUGGGCCUGGAAAUUCCAAUGGAUGACCUUUCAGAUCUAAAUAUGAUGGUUUGAAGUCUUUCUCUGUAUAGUCUUGUUCAUUAUACUAUUGACAAACAACACAUAACACUGUUGUCAAAAAAUGACCAGUUAUAUGGAUGGUCAUUCGGCCACCGGUCCACAAUUAGGUUAUAUAGAUUCUUUUGUAGACUUCACAAGAUUUUCAAGUGAACCUUUUGGAUGCUUUGGAUUUUGUUCCUGUAUGAAGUUGGUACCUUCGCCAUAAAGAUCUUUUGUUCAAGGUACAAGCUAGUUUGUCCUAUCAUUUAUAUGUUAGCAAACACUGUAUCCUGGCUGUAGCUUUUACAAAUCAGAGAACAAUGCCUCCUGUACAUACAUUUUAUAUUUCCAAUAAAAUCAGCUUUUUGCUCAGU